AUGGACGAACUGCCCCUCGAGCUCAACAUCAUAACCCUGAACUGCUGGGGCCUGCUUCACCUCAGCCCUCACCGCGCCAAGCGCCUAACGGCCAUAGGCCGCUAUCUGGCGACGAGCGAGCCCUCACCUCACAUCGUAAGCCUGCAGGAGUGCUGGACGCAGGAAGACUAUCGAUCCAUAAGGCGAGAGACACGCUUCGUACUGCCGUUCGGCAAGUUCUACCACAGCGGCGCCUUCGGCAGCGGGCUAGUGAUCCUGUCGAAAUGGCCCAUCGAGGAGAGCAGCAUGUUCCGGUUUCCCCUGAACGGCCGGCCAACCGCCUUCUUCAGGGGCGACUGGUUCGCAGGGAAAGGGGUAGCCUGCGCUAGAAUCAGGUACGGUGACGGCGAGAAGGACGUCGUUGAGGUCUUUAACACACACACACAUCCAGUCUACCAAAAGGCCCCGUCCAACAACAGCUACACAGUCCACCGUCUCUCGCAAGCCUGGGAGCUCGCCAAGCUCCUGCGCGGCGCCACAGAGCGAGGUCACCUCGUCGUCGCGCUCGGCGACCUCAACGACGUACCGCUGUCACUGCCCUACCGGCUCCUGAGCGCCCACUCGCCUAUCCGCGACGCCUGGCGCGUGCUGUACCCGGACUCAUCCCUCGGGUCAGCCGAGCACGAGGUGGAGCGCUCGCGGCGCCGGCCCAUCCCCACGGCCGCCUUCAACGUAGCCGAGAACGGCGUGACCAGCCGCAGCGCCUACAACACGUGGUCGUGGCCUCGGUCCACUUUGAAAGAGCUGCGCAGCGGCAAGCGGCCGAUGCUCGGUCCCGACGCGCCCGACGCGCAGGGCCAGCGUAUCGACUACAUCUUCUUCUCGCGGGGCGGCAACCCGUCCCUGAUCUCGGAGCUGAGCGAGAUCCUGAGCAGCUACGACGCCGACGAGGGAGGCGGCGGGCGCAGCGCGGCCCUGUCGGCACCGCCGGGCUGGGUCGUCAGAGAUGUGCGUGUGGGCGCCAUGGCACGGGACGAGGACCUGGAAUGCAGUCUCAGCGACCACUUCUCCGUCGAGGCGACGCUGCUGCUGCACACGCCGACGGCGAACUAUUACAAGAAAGGCGCCAAUGCUACGAAACGCUAUCUCCGGGACCGUGACCGAGACGCCGACAACAGACAAGGCACCGACGGAGUAAACACAAACCCAAACGAAGGAGGAGGCCAUCAUCCCACAACCCCAGCCCCCAACCUCCCCGAACUCGACGGCGACCACAGCCUCCACCCGGCCGCCUCCUUCACCAGCACCGAAGCAGGCAUCCGCACCAUCGGCGAGCGCCGCGCCGCCAUGGCGCAGGGCACAUACCUGCAGUCGCCGACGGCGUCCGAAUACCGCAACAGCCGCGACCGGGCCGACUACGACGACCAGCUGCGUAGCUUCGAUGACAACUCCAACUCCAACUCGUACUCGUAUUCGUACUCCUACACGUCGGACCCCUACUACGCCACCAUCGAUGGACCCACAAACGGAAGCGGAGGCGCAAACGCAAACGGCCUGCUGCCGUCCGGCACCUACGACGAGAUCCUGUCCCUAAUCCACACCUACCAGCACCGCGAACACACCCAGAAGAAGUGGCGCGCGGCCCACUGCGCCGCCUGGAUCGCCGUCGUCGUCCCCGCCUGCCUCGUCGCCGUAUGGUUCGUCGCGCCCCUCUCGGCCGGUGGCGCCUUCGCGCUCCUACUACUAAGCAGCCUGGGUCUCGCGGCGGGACUCGUCGACGGUCUGCUCGCGCUGCUGUUCUUCGGCGGGGCCGAACGGGCGGCGCUGGCAGAGUUCGAGUGGGAGAUACGCAACGCGAAGGCUACGGCGACCGGAUCGCACGGGAUGACGCUUAUGGGGGAUGAGGACGACGAGAAGAGGUGGUAG